AUGAUCCUGGCCUCCUAUUACUUUGUCUACACCCCUGUAUCUUUAAAGGAUGGCAACUCUUAUGUGGAUGGAGCUUUAGAUAAAAAUUUCUUCAAGAGACAAACACAAACCCACACCGAGGUGCCGCGUUCCCGGGGCGCUGCGCGGGCGGCGAGAGCCGGCGGCGGAGGAGAAAGCGAGCGCCCCUCACACGCCCGAAGCCGGAGCCCCGAGCCCCGGAGCCGCGGUUGCUGCGGCGGCUACGGCUCCCCGUUUUCCCCGAGGCGGACGGCGCCGAGCGCAGGACUGAAUCUUCCCUUCGCCCUCUUCGCCCGCAGCGGCGGCGAGCAGCUGGUCCCCGGGAAUAUGCAGCGUGCGUGGAUCCUCCUCACCUUGGGCUUGGUGGCCUUGGUGUCGGCCGAGUCGAGAGCAGAGCUGACAUCGGAUAAAGACAUGUACCUUGACAACAGCUCCAUUGAAGAAGCUUCUGGAGUGUAUCCUAUUGAUGAUGACGACUAUGCUUCUGCCUCUGGCUCAGGAGCCGAUGAGGACAUAGAGAGUCCAGAACUGACAACUUCACGGUCAAUUCCAAAGAUCUCAUUUACUAGUGCUGUUCCAAAAGUGGAGACCACGACACUGAAAACACAGAGCAAGAUGCCUGCUCAGACGAAGUCCCCUGAAGAAGUUGAUAAGGAGGAAGUUCAUGUGUCUGACUCAGAAAGGAAAAUGGAACCUGCUGAUGAAGACACAAACGUGUAUACUGAGAAACACUCAGACAAUCUGUUUAAACGGACAGAAGUCUUAGCAGCUGUCAUUGCGGGUGGAGUGAUCGGCUUCCUCUUUGCCAUCUUCCUCAUCCUACUGCUGGUCUAUCGCAUGAGAAAGAAGGACGAAGGAAGCUACGACCUGGGAGAGCGCAAGCCAUCCAGUGCUGCUUAUCAGAAGGCACCGACCAAGGAGUUUUAUGCCUAAAACUCCCUCUUAGGGUCUCAUUUAUGAGAUCACAGAACUUUUCAAAAUAAAGCUUUUGCAUAGAAUAAUGAAGAUCUUUGUUUUGUUUUUGUGUUUUUUGGGGUUUUUUUGUUUUGUUUUCAUUGAAGAGCCAUUCUGGCACUUUAAUGCUAAAAUCCCAUUGUAUUUAAAACUUUUCAUGUAUUUCUUUAGAACUGAAGUAAAACUGAAAAACAUCUGCAGUGUUCUUGUGAGUAGCAGUGGCAAAAUAUUAUAAUAUUAUGUUCUGAAAACCUUUGAAACUUUUGAUGCGCAAAUACGAAAUGAUUAUUUCUUUAGUUUAUUUUUGUUUUGUUUUGAUUUUUGUCCAUUGGUUGGAAGACAAAAGCUGUUUUCAUUUGUCAGCAUGUCUCUGAUUGACCUUACUAAGUCUGACUUUGUUAAUUUAUCUCUGGUCCUUUAUUCUCUGCCUUCUUUUCUUAGCCCUUUCAGAAACAAAACCCAAGCCCUUUUGUAGUUGUCAUGGUGUAAUUUGUCUUCUUCGGAUGAUUCAGAUAAUGGUAAUUUAGUGUAUAUGUGAUUUUUCAAAUAUGUAAACUUUAACCUCUGCUUUAUGUAAAUUUUUAAGUGUCAGAACUAUCCAUUUUACACCUGCUUUUAUGUUUCAUUACCUGUAGCUUUGGGCAGAUUUGAAACCACAAAUUAAUGUGUAAAAUCGGAUUAUGACUACAAGACUAUUUUAGUCCUAUCUAUCUGAUCAGAUCUCCUUUUGGGAAGACCUGAUGUGUGAAUUACUGAUAAGCUUUAGCAAACCCAAAGAUGCAAACAGUAUUUGAGCAGUUGCUGCAGAUUCCUUUGGCCACUGUAUUUGUUAAUUUCUUGCAAUUUGAAGAUAUGGGAGGAGUUGAAAGAAUCAGUUUUUGUUCUUAAAAAUACAUUUAAGUUGUAAACAUCUUUUUAAGCCUUUGAAGUGCCUAUGAUUCUAUGUAACUCGUCGCAGACCGGUGUUCAUGAGUAUAUAUAACAGUUUAAAAACAAAACUUGGUAUUUUAUAAGCACAGACAAUUCUAAUGGUAACUUUUGUAGAUUUACGAAUAGACAAAUUGUAAUUUGGGAACAUAAAAACUACUGAAUAAAUCAUAUGGCCUAAUAUUGAAAAUGUCACUGUUAUAAAUUUUGUACAUUUUCCGAUCAAAUGUACGUUUCCCCUUUGCUAACGAGACCGUCUGCUCUCACGGAUGACAUGGUUUGAUUUCUGAGCGUUCCACAGUUUGUGUAAAUCAAGACCAAAGAGCCCGUCAGUGAGGCUGUUUAUUACCAGAUUCACUUCUGGAUUGGCCAGAGGAAAUGAAUGUAAGCUCCUGUGUGUGUCUGGAAGGCGGCCAGGGAAUUUAGAAGUUUGAAACUUUCAUAGAAUAGCUGAUGGCAAUAUUGAAACAGAUGCUUGCUUGCUUUUGCAAAUAACUGAAGGUUAUAAAAUUCCAAAGAACUGAAGGGUCUUUCUGGAAAUAGGUAGAUUUACCUCUGAAUGUGCUCUAAAGCUUUCCUGAGAAUUAAGACUGUAGACCUCAUGUGCUGAACAGCCUGGCCUACUUCAUAAGAAAAG